ACUGACUUUUUGAAAGGCGUGUGGGAAUACUUGUGUUGAAAGUAGAGCAGAUUUCCAUUGUUCCGUUUGUUCACCCCUGGAGAUGAGCAGAUUUCAGUGUUUGCAUGAGUUUUGGGGAAGAUCGAUCAGUUAAUUGAGGGCUUCCUUUAGCAGUGUAUAUCCUUUAUAAUCUAAACUCGAAGAUGCUUAAUUAGCCAAGCCAAGUGUCCGAUAUGGCUUCCACCAGCAAUAUUCAAACAACCCCAUCAUCAUCAGAUCCUUCCUCUUGUUCCGAACGCCGAUGGAAAUACCAAGUUUUCCUCAGUUUCAGAGGUGAAACCCGUUAUACAUUUACCAGCCAUCUAUACAAUGCAUUGCUUGAGAAAUUUAUCAUGCCCUUUAAGGAUGAUGCAAGACUGGAGAUCGGAACACCCAUUAAGAAGGAACUCUUGGAAGCAAUAAAGGAGUCAAGAAUGGCGGUCGUCAUUCUUUCAAAAGAGUAUGCAUCCUCCACAUGGUGCUUGGAAGAACUUGCAAAGAUUGUUGAAUGCAUGAACGAUAGAGAGAUGAAAGUUGUGCCCAUUUUCUAUCAUGUAGAACCUAGGGAUGUGCGGCACCAGAAGGGCAACUUUGGAGAUGCCUUUGCUCAACACGAGCAAAAUCCUGAGAACAAAGAAAAGGUGCAAACUUGGAAAAAUGCUUUGAAAGAAGUGGCCAAUCUCGCUGGAAGACAUUUGAAGAUCAACGAGGAUGAGUCGGAGUUUAUCAAAAGAGUUGUUAAAGUAAUAUCUGGAAAAUUGAUAACCCUUAUUGAUGAUCCUGAGUACAACCUUGUUGGGAUGGACUCUCAUGUAAAGGAAAUGAAUUUGCAUUUAGAUUUGGCAUCAAAUGAUGUUCGCUUUAUAGGGAUAUGCGGGAUGAGUGGAAUGGGCAAGACAACUCUUGCAGAUGUUAUAUUUAAAAAGUUCAAACAUCAAUUCCGAGCUGGAAGCUUUAUCACAAAUGUUAGUUCGCGUUCUAAAGAAAAAGGUGUAGUUGCUUUACAAGAAAAGCUCCUUUCUGAUAUGAAGUUGAAGGAUGACCAAGAAAAAUUGGAUGAGCUGAUGGGAAUUGAUGUGAUAAGGAGUAGAUUAUGUGGCACAAAAGUUCUUAUUGUUCUUGAUGAUGUGGAUAAACAAGAACAAUUAGAAACAUUAGCUGGGAACUGCAAUUGGUUUGGACCCGGGAGUAGAAUCAUUGUGACCACUAAAGAUAGACAUUUGUUAACAAGACAUACAGUGCCAUUUAUAUACCCGAUUAAAGGACUACUCAAAAAAGAGGCUUUACAGCUUUUUUGUCAACAAGCCUUUCAUACUGAUCAAUGUCCAGAUCAAGACUUUUUGGAUCUAUGCAAUGACUUUGUGAGUUAUGCCAACGGUCAUCCUUUAACUCUUAAAGUUUUGGGUGGGUUUCUGUUUGGAAAAGAAAAAUACAUAUGGACAAGUUUGCUGGCUAAAUCACAAGUAUUUCUUCAUAAGGAUAUUCAAGUCGAACUCGAAAAAGGUUUUAAAGCGUUGGGGGAUACAGAGAAAAACAUGUUUUUAGAUAUUGCAUGUUUCUUCAACGGGGAAGACAAACUUCGAGUAGUAGAUUUAUUGGAAGAUACUUCUGAUUGUUUCCCAGACAUUGAUAUAGACACUCUUGUGAACAAAUCUCUUCUCACUAUUUUGGAGAGAAAAUUGUGGAUGCAUGGUUUACUACAAAUAAUGGGUCGGGAAAUUGUUCGCUGUGAAGAUUGUGUCGAGCCUGGAAAACGCAGCAGAUUAUGGCGUCGUGAUGAUAUCUUUGAAGUUCUAGGGGAAAAUUCUGGAACACAUAAAGUCCAAGGCAUAAUGUCAAGUACCUUAUCUCCACACCAAGAAGAAGUCUUGGAUCCUGAAGCCAUUGAUCCUGAAGCCUUUUCAAAUAUGAAAAAACUUAGAUUAAUUAAAAUAUGUGAUGUGAACCUUUCACGGGGCCUCAAUUCUCUCCCUAAUGGUUUACGACUAAUGGAAUGGCACCAAUAUUCUUGGCGGAACAUACCAAAGAGUUUUCAACCAAGAAAUCUUGUUGAGCUCAUUAUGCAUCGCAGCAGCUUUCUGCAAUUACCGACGGCUUUUCUUAAAUUAAAAAAGUUGAAAGUCAUGGACUUUAGUGGCUCUGAAAACUUGAUGAUGAUUCCUGACUUCUCUGGAUGCCCAAGUCUUCAAAAGUUAAUUUUUGAAGGUUGCACAAGAUUGGACAAAGUUCACCCAUCUAUUGGAGCUCUCAAGCAUCUUAUACUAUUAAAUCUCAAAGAUUGUAAAUGUCUGCGUAGCCUUCCACAUGAGAUCAACUUGGAAUCAUUGAAUCUUUUGAUCUUAUCGGGUUGUUCAAGUUUCAGUAAGUUUCCAGAGAUUGGGCAGAAUUUGUCAGAGCUUUAUUUGGAUGGGACUGCCAUUGAGGAACUCCCAUUAUCAAUUCAACAUCUAACCCGCCUGACAUUACUAAAUCUUGGAGAGUGCAAAAAGCUUUCGGUUUUUCCGAGUGACAUUUGUUGUUUACCUGCUCUCAAAACUCUCAUUCUCUCUGGAUCAACCCCCACCCUGUCGUUGCGGAACUUUUUUUCAGGGUUGACCUCUUUAGUAACUCUAGAUCUAAGUGACUGCAAUCUUUUGGAUGGAGCACUCCCUGAUGAUCUUAGUGGCUUAUCCUCCUUGGAGAUUCUGAAUUUGAGUGGAAACAAUUUCACACGCUUGCCAGACAGCAUUUCUCAGCAACAAAAGCUUAAACUUCUUUCUUUAUAUAAUUGUAAAAAGCUUCAGUUAUUGCCAAAUCUUCCCUCAACUACACAAAUAUUCCCUUCAGGCAAUAUUUUUUCCAAUAUAGCGUCGACUUCAGCAGGGGGGUCCAUAUCAGAAGAUAUUAAGUUGAGGGAGGCGUCGGGGGUUGGUUCAGCGCGGAAGCGAAAAAUGGAAGAGGCGUUUGGGCAGUAGGGAAAUAGCAAAGGUGGUAAGAUUUGACAAGCACGGUCGACCCAACGCGACUUGAUACGAGAUUUGCAGUUUUAGAUUUGAUAUAAAUUGGUUAUGUAGUUUGUUUGAGGCCAAGAUUGAUUUUAAUGCUUCUUUUGUUUGGAAGGGUAUUUUUAGUGCUUUGCCUUUGUUAAAAUCUGGUUGUAUGUGGAGAGUGGGCAAUGGUCGCAGUAUUAGAGUUGUCCAAGACUCUUGGAUCCCGGGUUGUAGCCGUGAUGAGGUCCAGGGCGCUAUGGAGCAUCUGAAUAAUGAAAAUUUGAUGGUAAAUGAAUUAAUUGAGGAAAGAACAGGUUGGUGGAAGAUUGAUGUAGUUAGAGCUCUCUUUGAUCCAAGGUUGGCAAAUCUGAUUUUGAAGAUUAAUAUCUGUUUAUCUGAAGAAGACUCUUGGUUUUGGACUUCGGAAAGAAGUGGUUCAUACUCCGUUAAGAGUGGUUAUAAGGUCUUACAAUGGGAAGCUUCUCAGAUUCUUGGUGAAGGGUCUAGAGGUGAACAAAUUUUGAAAUUCUGGAAGUCCUUAUGGCAAUUGAAGAUUCUCCAUAAAAUGAAGAUAUUUGCAUGGAGGGCUUGCCACGAUUACUUGCCUACUUUCCAGAACUUGAGACAAAGGAAGAUAAAAGAUGAGGAUAGAUGUGUUUUUUGUCAUCUGUGUUUUGAAGAUACAGCCCAUGCAUUAUUUUUCUGCCCUAUGAUUCAUGAUGUGUAUAUGCAGUAUUUACCAUCUUUGCAAACUUUAAACUCCCCUUUAUCUAUUUGGGAUGUAGUGUUGCAUAUUAGUGAUAAGGGUGGUCUUGAAAUGCUUACUACUUUUUUUGUUA